UUUUUUACAAAGAGAUGCUGGAGGAGAGUGUCUGAGCCCUGAGGGCUAUCUUCUCUUCAACUCGUAACCUGAUUGUGCUCACGGCUGACUUUAAUGGACUGUUCUAAAUACUGUCCUAUGGCUACGAAUCUUGUGAAUUUCCACCAACUAUCCAUCAAUACUUCGAACUCCAAUUUUCAUUUCAAGCCGACCCAGGCUCAGCAUCCAUCGUUCUUCCCCUCUGGACGCCAUUAUCGUCACUUUCAUCGUUUCUCUGCUUCCUUAACGAAGCCCUUAAGCAGAUCAAGGUACCCCCAUUGUGCCCUCUCCUCACCUACCCCACCCAGCAGCAAAGAAGAAGCCAUUUCUCAGGCGAAGGCCUCUCUUUGCCGCACUUUAGAGAAGCCUCUCAACAACCCCAAACUCCCCGCGAGAAUCAAGAAGUUAAAGCAACCUAGAUUCCGAGUCGAAAUUCCGGUGAUCAAUGAGUCGCCGGCUUCACUCUCACACCUCGCGCUUGAUGUGUUCGCGAAUAUGCCCAUUAAAAGGAAAGACUCUAAAGUUAAGACUAUGAUUCUUUGUCCGGAUGAGUGCUUUAAGGAGGCUGCCAGUACCUUUGCAAGUCGUUCUUACAGCACUACUGUUGAAAAUCUUGACACUUUAUCGGUAGCUACUGGAGAAAGUAGCAGCAUUUUGAGUCCUGCUGAUCUGAUUGUGUUCUUGACUCCAGAGGUUCGACAACUUGAAUUUAUGAAGAUGAUCACUGAUAGUGUGUAUCCAAAGCCUGUGGUAAUUUUCAAUCCAAAAUGGGGGUUCGAAGAAGAGGACGGCUUUGAAGAGUUGCGUGAAUUCGUGGGUUCAUUUGAAGUAGUGUACUCAUUCACGGGGUUGGAGGUUAGAGGGGUACUGAACAAAAGAAAAGGUGUGAUUUUUAAGUGUGUGAGAGAUGGGGUCUUGAGUGGGGAGCAAUGGAAUGUGUUAGUUGAAGAAAAGGGAGAGUUGAAGCUGGUCUCUACAUUCAAAACAAGACCAUCUAUCAUUGAAGUUGAGAAUGUUUUGUACAAUUUGAUGGCCAUGAAUUCUCCACUUACAAAGUCUGCAAAGUUCUUGAAGGCUUUGGUGUCUAAAGUUACCGGUAAAAGUUAACAACAUUUUUCAACAAUUUAUGGUGCUUCUCUUACUCCCACUCCACCCCUCUCUGUCACUACUCACUACUGUGUUUAGAUAGAUCUGUUAAUCUUUUCGGUCUAAAGCAUCUCUUUAUUUUAUGAUGCAAGAAAUGUCUAAUUCAUUGCUUAGAAUAUGUUCUUUCAUAUGGUUAUCUUUGAUGUUUUAUCUUUUGCCUUAAAUGAGCCAAAGAAAAAUAAAUUAUGCUCAUGCAUAGUUUGUGACUGUCAUUUCAAUUAAAUUCAUAGGAAACUGAUUCCCAG